AUCAAUCCAGGACUUCUUGCUUGACAGUGAGAUCAAAUAGCAUCUGUCUCGCUCAUUGCACCGGUGAAUACUUUGCGCUUACAAGAGAGCGUACAGAUUUGAUAAGGUCCUAGCGUAGACAUGGAUUUUGCUGCAGCGCUGAACAAUUUACAAAAGACGGCGAAGAAUGCCGCUGCGGCUUCGUCGUCUACCAAUAACAGCAAUUCCUCGUCGCACGAUCGCCGACGGGGCCGCUCCGAUUCUUACCGACCCGAUCCGCCUCGUACACGUCCGCGUUACGAAGCUCCGUUGUCUCGGGAUGUGAGAAAGGGAGACACUGGUGAGCGAGGACGUGGACGCCGAAACGAUCAGAACCCGAUGGACGCCUUGUAUCGCUUUGGCUAUCGUAUGGCGCCCUACCAACGACCGUCCCAGGAACCACCCAACCUCUACCAACGCCCCUUUCACGUGGCUUUGCUAGCAAUCAUCAUCGAUGAGAUACCCUACGAAGAAAUUUGGAGGACUUGGGCUCAGACGGGAGCUUCUCACGUCAGUAUGCUCUGCCACGCCAAGUAUCCCGAAAGGGUACAAAGCGGCUUUGUCAAGUCACGUCUUUUGACCAAACCGCCAAUUAUGGGUCGUGGACACUCGUACGCCGAACCGGAGUACCUGACUCAUACACCAGCAUGGGGAUCGGUGCAAAUUACCCGUGCCAUGAUUGAUCUACUCAAAGCCGGUAUGCACAUUGCAACCGUAAACGAUACGGAGACCGAUCCACGAUUUGCGACCAAACGCUUUCUCAUGACCAAGAAAAAGGACGUCGACACCUCCAAUACGAUUCCUCCCAUCGACAAGUUCAUUUUUGUGAGUGAAACGUGCAUACCAGUAGCAACCUUGGAAGAAUGCGAAACGGCCUUGUUCGGAGCAGCCCAGCAACCUGAAGAAACGAUGAAUUCUGCUUCGGAGAUGAAGACAGUGUCGUCAACCUCCACACUCAUGGGCAAUUCAAAACCAAUACCGAACACAUGGAAGGUCUCGUGGUUGAACGCCAGACAUCGUAGUGAGGAAGAAACACCCAGGAAUAAAUACGAGGACGACCAAUUUGGUGGUAUUACUCGUAACAUUCCUGGCCAGUACCGAUGGAAAGCUGACCAAUGGUUGUGCUUGAGUCGCCCUCACGCGGCGGCCGUGUUACGAGUGGACGCUAACAUGCGAGCCUCGGACCAACUAUGGAACGCUUUUGCCAAAAUUAAUGCAUCGGACGAGAUGUAUUUUCCUACCGUUCUCGCGCUUUUGGGUAUACUGAGACCGAGAGACGAAUCUGGUAUCAACCACUCGUCUACAGAAGUGUGGGUAAGACCGAUUACGUUUACAGACUGGUCUGAAGGUAUGCGUAAUCCGACAUCCUACCAUGAAGGCAUGAAGGAUCUGUCACGGAUUGGAAAAUUAGCGCGAUCGCAAGGAUCGCUGUUUGCUCGCAAGUUUGUACCAAUCGGUCCAGGAAAGACGAGUCCGACAGGGCACUUGCAAGCAGCCGACUGGCUGAGCUUCAUCAAAACCCUUUCUCCCUUUACUAACUGGGACGAAGACAAUAAGCGAGCGGCGACAUCUGUGUCUUCCACUCCGACAGAAGUGAAUAGCAGUACAAGCUAUGUAGAAAGACCGCAAGAUCUCCAAGACCCUACCUUGGAAUAG